AUGAAUCGUGUCCAAAAGUUGGUUUCUUUUAUUAUAGUAGAUAGAUUUACGCUAGCGGCUAGUCUACGCCUUUUGUCCACCGUCGGAUUUGAACCCUCACCAAUUAGAGAGGGACAACUUAUUCCAACAUUGUGGAAAUUUGUCUCAAAGGCAGAUGGUUAUCAGCCACAUUUAAUUGCUCCCGAACAAGAUUAUAGACGACUUAUUGAGGGAUCAUUGAAUUGUUUUAGGGGACCAGCUGAAGCUUCUGUAGAUGCAGUGCAUUUUGUCCUAAGAGAACUCGUGAGGAAGUCAAUUGGAGAAACUGAGGAACUAAGGCGGUUUGCAACCCUGCAAUCCGCUCUUGCUGCUGCUGGUGAAGCAUUGGAAAAGUUCCGUGACGAGAGUAAAAAGACAGUCGUUAGAUUGGUAGAAAUGGAGUCUUCAUAUCUGACUGUCGAUUUCUUCCAGAAGCUUCCCCAAGAAGGGGAGAAAAUGGGGCCGACUCCUUCACCUGGAGACCGUAGAACCUCAUCUGCUGACCGCAGAAAUCCACCUGGUUCAGACUGUGGAAUCCCCCGACCAUUUGAAUCCAUCUGACCCAUUACUGGAUCGAUAUGCAGAGGCACAUUUUAGAAGAAUCGGGUCAAAUGUUUCAUCCUAUAUUGGUAUGGUAUCAGAUACACUCAGGAACACAAUUCUAAAAGCAGUUGUUUAUUGGUAUGGUAUCAGAUACACUUGCAUGGAUAUUUAAAACAAUGGCAUCAAAAUCUUUAAAACAC